GGUGGAUAGUGGAGUGUUUCCCAUGUGGUAUUGGUGUGCUGGAUAUCCCCUCACUGGUAGCCUGGUAACAUGUACUCCCAGGUCUUUCUCUGCCUCUGUGGUGGAUAGUGGAGUGUUUCCCAUGUGGUAUUGGUAUGCUGGAUAUCCCUUCACUGGUAGCCUGGUAACAUACACUCCCAGGUCUUUCUCUGCCUCUGUGGUGGAUAGUGGAGUGUUUCCCAUGUGGUAUUGGUGUGCUGGAUAUCCCUUCACUGGUAGCCUGGUAAUAUAUAUUCCCAGGUCUUUCUCUGUCUCUGUGGUGGAUAGUGGAGUGUUUCCCAUGUGGUAUUGGUGUGCUGGAUAUCCCUUCACUGGUAGCCUGGUAACAUAUAGUCCCAGGUCUUUCUCUGUCUCUUUGGUGGAUAGUGGAGUGUUUCCCAUGUGGUAUUGGUGUGCUGGAUAUCCCUUCACUGGUAGCCUGGUAACAUACACUCCCAGGUCUUUCUCUGCCUCUGUGGUGGAUAGUGGAGUGUUUCCCAUGUGGUAUUGGUAUGCUGGAUUUCCCUUCACUGGUAGCCUGGUAACAUACACUCCCAGGUCUUUCUCUGCCUCUGUGGUGGAUAGUGGAGUGUUUCCCAUGUGGUAUUGGUAUGCUGGAUAUCCCUUCACUGGUAGCCUGGUAACAUACACUCCCAGGUCUUUCUCUGCCUCUGUGGUGGAUAGUGGAGUGUUUCCCAUGUGGUAUUGGUAUGCUGGAUAUCCCUUCACUGGUAGCCUGGUAACAUACACUCCCAGGUCUUUCUCUGCCUCUGUGGUGGAUAGUGGAGUGUUUCCCAUGUGGUAUUGGUAUGCUGGAUAUCCCUUCACUGGUAGCCUGGUAACAUACACUCCCAGGUCUUUCUCUGCCUCUGUGGUGGAUAGUGGAGUGUUUCCCAUGUGGUAUUGGUGUGCUGGAUAUCCCUUCACUGGUAGCCUGGUAACAUACACUCCCAGGUCUUUCUCUGCCUCUGUGGUGGAUAGUGGAGUGUUUCCCAUGUGGUAUUGGUGUGCUGGAUAUCCCCUCCCAAGGUGCAGGACUUUACAUUUUUCUUCAUUGAACUGUAGCAGCCACUUGUUGCUUCACUCCUGCAGCUUGGUGAGGUCUUCUGGUAGGAAAUGUGCAGUCAAGGGGUUGAGAUAUGUAGCAGCAAGUCACCCAAAGGAAACUGUGAUGAAAGAUUAUGGAAAUACAACUAAUGUGUCUGGGAGUUCCAAACUUUAAGACAUUCAUUGCUGAUUAUUAAGUAGAUGUAAGAACGUUUAAACUUGCCCACUAAACUGUAAACUGCCCUAAGCUGGACCAACCCCGGAUGGCAGCAAGGCAUACUAACCCCUGCACCACGGAGGCGUCAGAUCAUAGAUAAAAUACUACAUAAGCAAAACCCUGAAUUAUAUCUAACGACCCGUAACAGCCCCAUCCAGAGUGGCAAUGAUCACCGCUUCCUACUUUCCUUCCUUCAUCUGUAUUUCCUCCUGCCUACGACUUGAACUCUUUCUAGAGGAGGGUAUCAGGACACCUCUCCUCCCGAAAUUGACCUAUCUUUCGGCCACUCCUCUAACUCUUUAUAGGAGCAGUGAGUAGCGGGCUUUUUUUCCACAUUUGUUACCUUUUUUUAUGCCCUUGAACUGACUCCUCUGCUGUAAAACAAAACAAAAAUAAAAAAUAAAUAAAAAAUCAUCAGGUCCUGGCUCGGCAGUUAUGUGACUCCCCUUUCUGUUUCUCUUUCUCGCUCUCUCUCUUCCUAUUUGAUCUUUUCUCUUUUUUUCAUCCUAUAUACAAUUCCUCUUCUGUACGUAUUUACUCCCCUUUCUGUUUCCCUUUCUCGCUCUCUCUCUUCCUAUUUGAUCUUUUCUCUUUUUUUCAUCCUAUAUACAA